UUUGCUGCUCGUGCAGUCAACGGGACUACUACUACGUGCGUGUGUCCACAUGCGAGUGUAUGUGUGUGCGUGUGUGCGCGCAAAUGCAACGUGGCAGCUACAAUAUCCGUUAUGCUGACAAUGCAAUUUGAGCAAAUACUGUUGUCGUGCACAAAUAAGCUCUAAAAAUCUUUGUUGUGAUAAAUAAUAAUAAUAUUAUUAUUGCUCGAUGUGAGAUUAUAUGAAAUAUUUGGUUGAGCGCAGUGUAAAUAAAGUGCAAGUGUUGUGAGUUUUAUUUACGAGUAAAUAAAUAAUAACGAGCGCCUUGGCGUGUUGUUGUUGUUGUUGGGGGCACACAUAUACAGACGGUACGAUUCGUAAGCGUGUAGUGAAGCAACAAAGCUCUUAGCAACAUGUUGACAACACAUCAUUUGCCACAUUUACAUCAUCAUCGUGGCAGCACAGCAGUGGAAUUGGAUAAAAUAACAAAUCUGAGUACGCUCAUUGUGGAAAUCAACAGUCAAGUGGCGCUCUUUCGUGAUAUGCUAAUACAUGUUGGCCAAACCAGGGACAGCCCCGAAUUGCGGGAGAAAAUCCGUAAAUUGCGCCGCACCUGCGUGGAGGCGUGCAAACACACGGGUCAGAUAAUCAUGCCCCAGGUGAAAAGCGCUGUCAGCGAAGGCGUACUCACCGAUAAUCCACAUCUUGUGCUGCUCUUCUAUCUGGCGCAACGUUUUCUACACGAACUAAUAAAAAGUUAUCGCCUCAUACAGGUGGUGCCAAUGGACAUGUCCGGUUAUUAUGAGAAUCGUGCAGGUCCCUCCAAUCUCGGCAAUGUCAUCAGUCAAAUACUGCUUUGCAAACAAAUAACACCCGACUUCAAUCAAGAGGAAUUAUGCAGCAUUACAAAGGAUUCGCAAGAGAUCGCUGUGCUGUUGGCCGAAAUGCAGGAGUACAUGCCACAGCACGACACAUAUCUGGAACGCAGCGCCGCACUCGAUUCGGUGAAAAGCAGUCACAACUUCAUUUGCAAGAAUAUGAGUUUGCUCUGUUGUAUGUCACGUCCGAAAUAUCUCUGAGAGGAAACCUAGGGACUGGUGUGCGGGCAAAGUCCAAUUGCGAUAACAACAACACAGCCAGCAGCAGUCACAACAAGAACGACAGCAACAACAAAAACAGCUGCUAUAACGGCUGUGAAGGCAAACGCUACAACAACAACAGUAACAACUGCUGUCACCACACCAACAACAACCAAUACAACAUUAAGCAAAUGGACAGACACGCUGUGUCAAUUGUGUCGAACAAAAAAUAAUGCAAAUAAUAAUUCAUAGUAGGCAAUUAAGAUGCGGACGUACAUUAAGUAGAUAAAAUAGAAAGUAAAUAGCAAUUAACAGUUAUAUGCUAUAAAAUAUAUAUAUAUUCAUAUAUAUAUAUAUAUAGAGAAGAAAUGUGCAUAUGCGUUGACUAGUUUGUACGUGUAGUUAAGUAAAAACACCAAAUUGCAAGCCAACAAGCGCGCUUCUGUAAGUAUCCAAGUACACCAAAGCACCUAAGCGCGGCAGUAAAUAUAUACAUACCUAUAUAUAGUCGAUAACUAAUUGUAGGCAAAUAAAUGAACAAGCUAAAGUAAAGGUCAAUAAGUUUAAUGAUAAAUUAGGAAAUAACCUUUUUGUUCAUUCACACACACUCACACACAAUCACAAGCAUUCUAGUUCACACAUUUAUACAUCUGCAUUAACUUAAGUACCUUUAUCCUUCCUUCAAAUGAGAUAUUAAAUAUAAUUGCAGUGCACUUAGUCA